GGUUGAGUUAAAAGGAAAUACUACGUCAUCGUUACAAAUGGCGGACGGUGUAAACAAGACAGCGGAAAAUAAGUUUUACAUGUUUCCUACAAAAUGAAUAGCCUAGACUGUGAGCGUUUGGACAGCUUAGAUGGCUGGGUCGCUAUCAAGAGUAACAUAUUCGAAGAAAACGAAACGUUCAAGCUCGGGUUUAUCGUGCAGUGGAAUGUGAUCGAGUCCAAGUUCGCUGUCACCUGUCACAACAGAACUCUUCAGCGACAGAAGCGCAAAGACCAGCUAUCUGUCGCCGACACCGAAACGAGCUGGGCCGGUCUUUUCUCCGUUAACGACUUGAAAAAUGUUCACCGUCAGUUUACCAGUGUCGGGGAAGUCCUUGCGCCUUAUUUCCCCGACCUUUCAGAGUUUGAAGUGGGAAACAUUUGGGACAUGAUAUUUCUAAUCGGCAACCGAACGUCCAACCAAGAUGAUCCGGAGAGAGAUUUGGAUACACCUUGCCGUCAGCUGGAGAAGUACUUCAGCACUGCGAUAGACAUCUGUGGCAGGAAGAUAGUGCUGGACUCGCUGUUCCCACAGGACGAGCGAGAUGUGGAGGAGUACUUUGAGAACAUGCAGGAGUUCAAGAGAAAAACAAUGCAGGAUGAAGUCACGAGGGCCAGGGAACACAUUCGUAAGGUCCUUCAGAGCCAUGCCGGAGCUGACAGGCUGGUUCUACUGCUGCAGGUCUAUGAAGAGGAGGACCUGGCCUAUCAGGACCUCGUCGCUACAGCAACCGCCUUCUACCAGUACCUGUUACAGCCCUUCAGGGACAUGAGAGAACUGGCUGGCCUGUACAAGAUGGAAAUACUGAAGUCUCUGGAUGAGGAGGAGCUGGGACCUAAGAGGAUUGCUGAGUUGGAGAGGGAGGCCGAGGAGUGGAGGAGGAGAGGAGAGGACGCCGUCUCCUCCAUACAGGACAUCACCGUCAGCUACUUCAUAGAAACAUCAAAGGCCCUGAGAGGUAUGCUGCGUGCGAUGGAGGAGGAUAAGCGACGUUUCGGCCAGGCGUCGUGGGCCUUGGCAGCUCCCCGGCUGGAGAAGCUGCGGUUCCUGCUGGCUAAAGAGACCCUACAGCACAUGAGGUCCAGCGAGAUGUGUCUUUACCGCAAGAAGCAAAACGUCAAAGAGAAGAUGGGAUGUUUGUCUGGACAGGACCAGAGUGGCAGUGAGACGGUGGAUGUCUUAGAGCUUCAGUACUACGAGGCCCAGCUGGAACUCUACGAUGUCAAGUUUGAGAUCCUCAAGAAUGAAGAGCUCCUAUUGGUCGCUCAGAUCGACACACUGCGACGCCAGAUCAAAGAGCAUAAAGAGGAGGUGGUGUACUAUGAUGUGUGCGAAGACCCAGAGGACCUCCAGAGUUUAUUACAAACAGCUGCGACGAUAGGCCCCGCCCACUCGCCUGUCAAUCACCUGGAGCGACGCCUACAACAGCUGGAGGCUAAGAGAGGGAACAUCUGUGCCCGUCGUGCAUACCUCCGCAACAAGAAGGAUCAGUGCGUUGAGGUUAAUGAUCAGAAGCGCCGUGUGGCCCAGCAGAACUCCGCCCAGUUUACCCAGCACCAUGGAGUGGCCCUGAAGAGAGAGAAGAGGAGAGAGGAUGAGCAGAGGAGGAGGGACUGGGUUGACCAGGAGAGACAGAGAACUCUGAGCCGACUGCGCUCCUUCAGAGAGAAGCGACAGGGGAGUUAUUUUCUGAAAACUCCUCGUUCCAAGAUGUCCACCAGGGAGCCGGCGUGUUCUGACCAGCCUCUGUCAAUCAUCUGCACUGACCCCUCCCCAUCACCUAAUGGUUCCGCCCCCAGGAAGACCACCAGGAAGCAGUCAAAACCCAAACCUAAAGACAUCCCUGUCCAAAUCUUUGCUCCUUCUCUUCCUCCACCAAGUCUGUCUGUGGCUGCAUCCCCACAGAUGUCUUCACCUCCCCCACCACCGCCUCCCCCACCCCUUCCUCCCCCCCCUCCCCCUCCCCCUCUUCCUGCUCUCACCCCCUCCCACCAUGAGACAGAGCUGGCUGACUCCCCCAUGCCUCUGACCGAGAAAGAGGCAGCUUCCUUCCCUGACAGACACACGCUGAAACAGAACAUAGGAUCCAUGGAUGAGGUGCUGGCUUCACUGCAGCGUGGUCAGAUCCAGCUGCGUCGCGUCCAGCCACCCGCCCCUCCAGGUCCUGGCCUGGCGCCCUCUGGUGGCGACCUCAGGAAUAACAUAAUGUCAGCGAUCCGACUGGGGGUCAAACUACGCAAGGUGGUUCCUGCCAGGCCCCUCCCCCAGAACAGCCAAGACACAGAUCUGCAGAAGAGUAUAAAGGCGGCCAUGCAGAGGAUGAAGAAGGUCUCAUCCGACUCGGAUGAAGAUGACGAGAGAGGAGAGGACAGCACGCCCUCUGCCGAGUGGGACAGCUGAGAGGACUGACGCUCCCACGUUCCACACAGUCGUUCUAAACAAGCACGCGUUCAUAUACAAACAGACUUAUUCAGACCAGAGUAUCUGAGCGGAGUUGAGCUGUCGGACAGAUCAAUCAAUCAAUCCUAGCCACUGAAAUUCAACACCACUGUUGUUUGCUCCUUGGGGUUUAAGGCCGGUUGUUUCUGUAAAAGCACUUUGUGACAACUGCUGUUGUAAAAAGGGCUUUAUAAAUACGAUUGAUUGAUUGACAAGUACUGCUCAUCUCUCCCAGAAUGACGCCGCUUUAUGACUUUCCCAGUCCUCACAGAAAAGAACCGGACAGUCCAUAUUCCCACUAUUCCUUUUUUGUUUAAGUCAGAUUUUAAAUAAAACUCGUGAUUUUUGGACUAUGUACAUUCGGUUUUCAAAAUGUUUAAACACAUAACAACCAUGUACAAUUUGAAUGAAGCAAGGUUAAAAGGAGACCUUAUAAGCCCUUAUCAUUUCAAACAGGCUACAUGUUGUAGGCCAUGCCUUAUGAAUGAAACUCAUACAAUGAAUAGCUAAGGCUUUGUUAUUAACUAACUUAUUAAAAUAUAUACUUACCUGUAAAAAAAAAAAGUUAAGCAUUUGUGACACCCCCUUGGCUGCCAGGAAAAUCUAAAGUGCUUAGCAA